CUAACUUUAGCCCCCAGGUCAUUUUGUUGUGGGUUGGUGUUGGAAAGAGGUUCACUCACAACCCACCACCACCCCAAGAAAAAUGUCGACGGGGCUGGCUGGCAACCACAUACCGAAACUUCAGCCCAUACAUCCGCCCUUCCCUUCCCUUAGUAUUAGUAGACCAAGAGCCACCAUGGCCCCGAACAAAAGGCUAUCAAUGCCACUUUGGCAUCAUCCCAUCCCAUAAUUACCACCAACUCCCCCAUACCCAACACACCGACCAAACAAUCCAUCAUCACCAUCACCAUUACCCAUCACCCAUCAUUCAUUUUCUUGAUAAAACUACCACAUCACGACGACAGACCUCAUCGUCACCACCACCAACCAUAAUCUGAGUCGUCGCUCGAUCGAUCAAUCUAUCCCCCAUAAACCCAUCCGUCACUCAACGACGCCAUCACCACGAGGCCCCCAUCAAACACCCGUACAAAGAACCCAGUUUGCCUUAUCACCCUCACCCCCAAACGCGACACUCCCACGCGCACACCAUGGCCAGCGCGCACAAAACCUCCCCCUCGACCCCCAGCGGCAGCGGGAGCAAUCGCUCCAAGAAAGCCACCUCCAAAUCCCUCAUCGUGCGACUAAAGCUGUCCUCUGCCUCCCUCGCCAAGUUCCUCCCCGCUGCCGCUGAACCCAUCAAGAGCGAGUCCCAAGCCACAGACGACAAACCCGCGUCAUCAUCUACGACCUCAUCGCUCUCGGAUUCCAAGGCUCCGACUGCGUCGCCGCUGGCGGAGGGAGAGGCGUCGAAUGGGAAUACGCCUGUGCCGAGCGGGACGGACGAUUCGGUCGCGAUGCCGCCGCCUGCUGAGGGAGUGAAGGGGGGAAAGGGGAAGAAGAGGGCGAGUUUGCUGGUUGAUGGAGUUGUGAAGCCGAGGGGGAAGCCGGGGCCGAAGAAGAGGAAGCUCGACGACGGAACAGCCGACUCCCCAUCCUCCAAACCCCCCCACCUCUCCACCGCCCACAAACUCGGUCCCAAAGCCAACCAAGGCGCCAUAAACGCCGGCCUGCGCGCGCUCGACCGCUCCGGCGCCCCGUGCCGCAAAUGGGCCCGCGGCGGAUUCGCCAUAAAGAGCUUCACGGGGACGACGUGGGAGAUUCCGAGGUGGAGGGCGCCGCCGAAGGUUUCGGUUACGGGCGUGGAUGGGAAGGGAGAGGGGGAGAAUGGAGGGGAGGGGAGUAGUGGGAAGGAGAAUAAGGAUAGUAGCCAGGUGGAGAGUGAGAAGAGCAAUGCGGGGAGGGAUGUGGAGAUGAGUUCGCCGGGGGUGCAGGCUAGUUCGCCGGCGCCGGCUAUGGUUGCUGCUGCUUCUUAGACUUCCGACUGGCUGUUGUGUCUGGUCGGUCAGUCGGUAGGCUGGAAAGGCGUCGGGCGUCUCUCCCUCUCAUCGCUGGGAGGGGGUUGUAUAACGGAUCGAGUGUGUGCGUUUCUCUUUUCGAUGUUUCUGUCAUUUUCUGGCGUUUUUUCGGGGUGUUUGACGGUCAUCAUCCUAUGGGUAGAACGGGGCGAGGGACAGCAUGGGUAUGGUACUGGGUGCUACGGUGCGCGGCUUGAACUCUCUGGUUUUCUUCGCUGGGUUUGGGGGGUUGUAAAAGGGUACUGGGGAUAGGGAUUGGGAUGGGGGAGUUACGAAUUGUAACAAUAGAAAGAUUGGAAGAAGGGUAUGCUUUAAGGUCGUUGGUUGUGUGUAUUAUACAUUAUAGGAGAGAGGAGAAUGGA